CUUUCACAGAGGCUUCCCGUUGGAUGGUAAACCGUGCUCGACCUCUCUUCCUUGCCGUGAACUGAAACCUUUUAAUCAAUGCUGAUACAUCUGACAACAGCAUUAUCGCUCUCGGGUCUACGACCUUGAUUUCUCAAAAUGUUGCCCGUGUCAAUGACUGCCAGGCAAUUAGAAUACUGGACGUGUGGACAGCAGACUAGCAGAAUUCUCGAUUCUGUUGUGUCGUCUCGUCGGGAUCUCCGUUCCGAAAUCAACGCAUCAACGGUAUGCAGUGGCACUCAUUUGCUGUCCGUCUGUCUGUUCUGUUCUGUUCUGUCGAUUCUUUUCAAGGUUCCUUCGAGCAUCGCUUCCAGUCCUUCCAGUCCUUCCACAGACCCCCUCUGCUCCUCCAACCCCUGUACUAUCAAUCGGGAUGGAAUAAGCGUCUGUUCCCGUGUGUGCUUAUAUGUAACCGAUGGUGCAAUGGUAAGAUUCAUCGAUGGAGCGGCGCAGACGCGCAAGCAAUUAACCAUCGUAACCACACACGUGGUAAAAUACUCGGCGCCCGCCUGGCAUUGGUUCAUCAGUCGGACUGGCGGACUGCUCAUUGCAACCACUUUAUGCGACAGAUGCGACAGAACGCUGGUGCCGCUGGCCUAUCCUUCCUCUCGGGUCUGAAGUGAGGCAUGGAAGGCAGGCUAGAAAACGCUCGACCCUAGCCUAGUAGUAGGCUGUAACACCAUCUGCGAGACGCAAGGCGCUACUUCAUUUAUCCAGAGUCCUGGAAGCCUUGGAAGGAUAUCCGGCCGCCAGGGUUUGGUGAGUGAGUGCUCUGUACCCUUGGGCCUUGGUGUUA